UCAGGGUCCAGGUGAUUCUGAACGAGCUGAAAAUCGAAGAUAAACAACACUUUCCUCUAUGGACCGCUUAUUCAUCUUAUGGAAAACUGGAUUUUGCAAAUAGAAGGAUCCGAUUUUCCUGAAAUUUUCCACAUCUUCAAAAUCCUGCAGCUGGUCGUCGUUUUCACCAUCGUCGAGCUGAUCAUCCAGUUGCUACUAUGAACAGUGUCGGCGAGGAAUGCAACGACAUGAAAAAAACUUAUGAUUCCUGCUUCAACGCAUGGUUCAGCCACAAAUUCCUCAGGGGUCAACACGAUGACCAAAUGUGCGCUGACCUGUUCCUUAAAUACCAACAGUGCGUUAAGAAUGCAAUGAAGCAGCAAAACAUCAGCAUAGAGGAUGUGCAGCACUUCCAGUUAGGAACAGAAGAGGAAAAAAAGGCACCACCGAAGAAGUAGCAAAGAAUUUGUGAUCCAUGCUUAUUCGUUGAGCAAUCAAUACACAUAAUUAAGAGAACAAUUAAAAAUAUACUUUAUUUGUGCGGCAAUUUUAAAGAGUAUGUUGUAAUUUUAUCGAGGUGUUUCAUCUUGUUAUUAAAGUUCAUUUAAUUUUUUUUACGAACGCUUAAAAUGGUGUUGUAGGCAUUUUAUGAUAAAUUUGUCUUCUUUGGAAUGAAGAAGUGUGAUAGAGGAAGAUGGAAGAAUAAAUAUUAUAACAUUUAAAACUAAAUAAA